AUGACUGAGUUGAAAGCAAAGGAUCCCCGGGCUCCCCACGUGGAGGGCGGCCCGCCCUCCCCCACCCAGGUCGGAACCCCCGGGCUGGGUCACCCGGACACUGGCCCCUUCCAAAAGAGCCGGAACUCGGCCAUAUCCAUCUCCCUAGACGGGCUGUUCUUCCCUCGGCCCUGCCAAGGACAGGAAACCUCAGACGGGAAGACCCCGGAACAGCAGUCGUUGUCGAACGUGGAGGGCGCACAUCCUGGAGUUGAAGCCUCGGGGAGUGCAGGAGGCGGCGGAUCUAAACCCUCAGAGAAGGACAGCGGGCUGCUGGACAGUGUCUUGGACACACUGCUGGCGGCCCCCGGUCCCGGGCAAAGCCACGCCAGCCCUCCCGUCUGCGAGACUACCAGUCCUUGGGGCCUGUUUGGUCCCGAAGUUCCCGAAGACCCUCGGGCUGCCCCCACCACCCAGGGGGCUUUACCCCCGCUCAUGAGCCGAUCAGUGGGCAAGGAUGGCGACUGCUCCGAGGCAGGGGCCACCCACAAAAUGCUGCCCAGGGGCCUGUCACCGUCCGGGCAGCUGCUGCCCCCGACUCCCGGAGGCCCUCAGUGGCCUGGGGCCGCAGUGAAACCUCCUCCGCAGCCCCCUGCAGUGGAGACUGAGGAAGAGGAUGGCUCCGAGUCCGACAGCUCUGCGGCUCCGCUUCUCAAGGGCAAGCCUCGGGCUCUGGGAGGCCCGGCGAGCGGAGGAGGAGCCGCGGCUACCGCGCCUGGGACCGCCGCAGGAGGCGUUGCCCUUGUCCCUAAGGAAGAUUCCCGCUUCUCAGCGCCCAGCACUGCGCUGACGGAGCAGGAUGCGCCGGCAGCGCCGGCAGCGCCCGGGCGCUCCCCUCUGGCCACCACGCUGAUGGAUUUCAUCCACGUGCCCAUACUGCCGUUCAAUUCGGCAUUCCUGGCCGCCCGCACCCGGCAGCUGCUGGAGGGGGAGAGCUACGAGGUCGGGGCCGGGGCUGCGGCCACCAGCGCCUUCAUCCCACCACGGGGCUCGCCCUCCGUGUUGUCCGCCCCGGUCACCGGCGGCGACUUCCCCGACUGCGCGUACCCACCCGACGCCGAGCCCAAGGACGACGCGUUCCCGCUCUACGGCGACUUCCAGCCGCUCGCUCUGAAGAUCAAGGAAGAGGAGGAAGGCGCCGAGGCCGCCGCGCGUUCCUCGCGACCUUACCUGCUGGCCGGUGCCAACCCCACAGCCUUCCCGGAUUUCUCGCUGGCGCUGCCGUCGCGAGCGUCGUCGUCCAGACCUGGGGAAGCGGCGGCGGCCGCUACGAGUGCGGCCGCCAGUACCUCAGCCUCGCCGGCCUCCUCGUCGGGGUCGACCCUGGAGUGCAUCUUGUAUAAAGCGGAGGGCGCACAGCCCCAGCAAGGCCCGUUCGCGCCUCCACCCUGCAAGGCCUCGAGUGCGAGCGCCUGUCUCCUUUCGCGGGACGGCCUGCCCUCCACCUCGGCCUCGUCCGCCCCCUCGACGGCCCCAGCGCUCUACCAGCCUCUCGGGCUCAACGGGCUUCCGCAGCUCGGAUACCAGGCGGCGGUGCUCAAGGAAGGCCUGCCACAGGUCUACCCGCCCUAUCUCAACUACCUAAGGCCGGAUUCAGAAGCCAGCCAGAGCCCACAGUACAGCUUCGAGUCAUUACCUCAGAAGAUCUGUUUAAUCUGUGGGGAUGAAGCCUCAGGCUGUCAUUACGGCGUCCUCACCUGUGGAAGCUGUAAGGUCUUCUUUAAAAGGGCAAUGGAAGGGCAGCAUAACUAUUUGUGUGCUGGAAGAAAUGACUGCAUUGUUGACAAAAUCCGCAGAAAAAAUUGCCCUGCAUGUCGCCUUAGAAAAUGCUGCCAGGCUGGCAUGGUCCUUGGAGGUCGAAAGUUUAAAAAGUUCAAUAAAGUCAGAGUUAUGAGAACGCUAGAUGCUGUUGCUCUCCCACAGCCAGUGGGCAUUCCAAAUGAAAGCCAAGCUCUAAGCCAGAGAAUCCCUUUUUCACCAAGUCAAGAAAUACAGUUUAUCCCCUCACUGAUCAACCUGUUAAUGAGCAUUGAACCAGAUAUCAGCUAUGCAGGACAUGACAACACAAAACCUGAUACCUCCAGUUCUUUGUUGACGAGUCUCAAUCAACUAGGCGAGAGGCAACUUCUUUCAGUAGUCAAGUGGUCUAAAUCACUGCCAGGUUUUCGAAACUUACACAUUGAUGACCAGAUAACUCUCAUUCAGUAUUCUUGGAUGAGCUUGAUGGUGUUUGGACUAGGAUGGAGAUCCUAUAAACAUGUCAGUGGGCAGAUGCUGUAUUUUGCACCUGAUCUAAUACUAAAUGAACAGCGGAUGAAAGAAUCAUCAUUCUAUUCAUUAUGCCUUACCAUGUGGCAGAUCCCACAGGAGUUUGUAAAGCUUCAAGUUAGCCAAGAAGAGUUCCUCUGUAUGAAAGUAUUGCUACUUCUUAAUACAAUUCCUUUGGAAGGACUAAGAAGUCAAAACCAAUUUGAAGAGAUGAGAUCAAGCUACAUUAGAGAGCUUAUCAAAGCAAUUGGUUUGAGGCAAAAAGGAGUUGUCUCUAGCUCACAGCGUUUCUAUCAACUUACAAAACUUCUUGAUAACUUGCAUGAUCUUGUCAAACAGCUUCAUCUGUACUGCUUGAAUACAUUUAUCCAGUCCCGAGCACUGUGUGUUGAAUUCCCAGAGAUGAUGUCUGAAGUUAUUGCUGCACAAUUACCCAAGAUCUUGGCAGGGAUGGUGAAACCUCUUUUAUUUCAUAAAAAGUGAAUGUCAUUUUUUUAAAAAAAGAAUUAAAUUUUGUGGAAUGUCUUUUAUGUUUUUUGUUUUGGUCAAGAUUAUAAAGUCUUAAGUUUUUCCAAAUUUCUGCUGAAAGCCUUACA